AAUCAAAUGCGGGUCGGGGCUGCAUUCCAGGACAUCCCCUUUCCAGAGACUCCCUGUCAUUGGUCUUGGUACACUACCUCAGGCAGUUGGUGAUGCGAUGGCGAUAAUGCACUGGCCAGUAACUCACUCCUUCCUUGCGGAUACUUUGUUGUAAGCUCUUCGCAAGAGCUACCCAUGGCAUUUGAUUUCAAGCUCAGUCAGAGGAGCCUUCCCAAAGUAACACAAACUCUCAGCUUGUUCCUGUACCUGGGCACCUUAUCAGCUUACCUAAGGCACUUACUCUGCAUCAGUGGAUGUUUUCUUACCUGCCUUGUAGCUAUAGUACCUUGAGUACUAAUCUAAUUACCUACCUACCAAGGAAGUCUUUUUCAUCACGCAUCAGUCAAGAUUGACCAUCUUCGUCUUGUCACACCAUCUAUAUCCGAUCCCAUCCCUACCUUACGUCACUUACUUACAUCAUGCCCAACAGUAUCUUUGGUGCCUGGCAGGCGAAGCUCAAGAAAAAGGUCCGACCUCAACCUCGGCCUCAGCCUCAGCCUCCGAUUCCGCUUCUGUUUCCUGAGCUUGCCAAGCCUCAUAACAAGAUUAGCAGCUAGAGACUGCCACUGAAUCGCCGCCGGGCUCGUCUCGAUAGAUCUGAAGAAACCAAUUCUAGUGGGCCUAGCGAGGAUACGUCAACGCGGCGCAGAAGUCAAAGAUCAAAUUCUCAGAAUUCGUCGUAUUCUCAUCUUGUGCGUUGGCUGAAACCAAAACGACGGAAGACUGCUUCCUCUUCGAUAAACUUCGAGAAAAUUUCAGUAUCUGAAGUCCCAGGGCUGCCUCAUCUCCUUAACACAGCGGAAGAUCUCAGCAGCGCAUUUCAAUACUCCAGAGAGAGAUGGACUCGCAAUGGGAGUUCCUCGAGUAACCAUACACUAUUUCCAAUCGGGUCGCGCGUCCAUGUCUCUGAAGUAUCCAAGCCGUUCCUGCAGGACACUGAAUUUGCGCCCCCUUCAGCAGCCAUCGACAAAGGUCCACCUCAGCUAGAUCCGCUUCCUGGCAUGUCUAGCUGUAGCCUGGAAAGAUCAUCUACUUUACGAGCUUGCAUAGAAGCAGCACCGGAUGAUAAGAGUUUGGAAGACAAAUCGCUGCGCUCCACCACUGAGUUUGAACGCAUCACAACUCAUCCCAAAGCCUCGACAGCACUUACUCUACAACCUGUAGGGCGUAAGACACUAUCCAUCACAAGGCCCUUGCCCUCUUGCGAUUUGGUUGCUCCUGCGACACUCGUCGGUUCCCUUGGCGGGUUUAACAAAUCUGGAGGCCAUAGCCACCCGCAAAUAGGUCGGAUUUCGUCAAACUGGACUCAGGGUAAUUCGGACAAACCACCAUCGAUGCAAGAUCAUCUCACGCAAGAGUCUGGUCAGUUCUCGCCAUCGCGGUGUACCUCGGCCACCACGUUUCAACCGCCCACAAAUGUACUUGAGAGAUCUUAUUUGACUAUCAAAGAAGGCGAUCAACCGUCAGCCACGGAUUCAUCAACGUCGAAUACGCAAUCGCAGCUCUCAGAUCGAUCAUCCAGCCAAGGUAGUAGGUCAAUGUAUCCUAUAGUGGCCUCGGAUCUCUAUCUUGAUUCGUUGUCUUGAUUCGAACUUAAGUGAAGUUGCUGGGCUUGAUUGCCCUCAGGGUAUUUAAUGUUUAAGAUGGACCUAAGAAGUAGUCAUAAAGCUGGCUAUAGAAUAGAAGGUAUUCAACUAGCAGCAGAGGCUGACUACCUUUGUUACCUAUUCUUAAUCGAGACUAAAAUAGAGCAGAAUGACCAUGGGAGAGUAACCCUCCACGUUCAAGCUUGUGAUGGCGUGGAUAUGACAAACAUUCAACAGGACCAAGGUUUCAAUUGUGUAAGUGAUGUAUUGUACAUGCAGAGAAAUGCCAUCGCC